CUGUCGCCUACUCUGCUUGUCCACUUUGUCCAAGAAUUCGAUCGGCCUGUUGAUGAUCUGAUCGAGUGCGGUCGAGAAGAAGAACAGGUCGAUCAUCGGAGCAUCAAGAAGAUGGGUGACGACAAUGGCGAAGCAGGCAAGGACGACACCACGAUCCCUCUCCUCACUCCCUACAAGAUGGGCCGCUUCCAGCUCUCCCACAGGGUGGUUCUUGCUCCCCUGACACGGUGCCGGUCCUUCGGCUACGUGCCGCAGCCGCACGCCGCCGUGUACUACGCCCAGCGCGCCACCGAGGGCGGCCUCCUCAUCGCCGAGGCCACCGGAGUCUCGCACUCCGCCCAGGGGUACCCAGACAGCCCUGGCAUCUGGACACGGGAGCAGGUGGAGGCCUGGAAGCCGGUCGUCGACGCCGUGCACGCCAAGGGCGGGGUGUUCUUCUGCCAGAUAUGGCACACCGGCAGAGCCUCCAACUACCAGUUCCAGCCGAACGGGCAGGCGCCCGUCUCCAGCACCGACAGGCCCAUCGCGCCGACGAAAAGCGAGGACGGCCUGUCGGUGACAACCUACCCCGUGCCGAGGCGGCUGGCGGCUGAAGAGAUCCCUGCUGUCGUCGAAGACUUCAGGAUCGCCGCCCGGAACGCCAUUGAAGCCGGGUUCGACGGCGUGGAGAUCCACGGGGCGCACGGCUACCUGAUCGACCAGUUCCUCAAGGACGGCGUCAACGACCGCGCUGACGAGUACGGCGGCGGCCUGGCCAACCGCUGCCGCUUCGCGCUCGAGGUCGUGGCGGCCGUGGCGCGCGAGGUCGGCGCGGGCCGCGUUGGCGUCCGGCUCUCGCCCUACACCCAGCACAUGGACGCGGCGGACUCGGACCCGGACGCGCUCGGCCUGCACAUGGCGCGCGCGCUCGGCGGCAUGGGCGUGCUCUACCUCCACGCCGUGGAGCCGCGCAUGGUGCGGCCCCAGGAGCGAGGGGAGACGCGGCGCAGCCUGCGGCCGAUGCGGAACGCGUUCCGCGGCACGUUCGUCGCCGCCGGCGCGUACACGAGGGAGGACGGCAGCCGCGCGGUCGCCGACGGGUACGCCGACCUGGUGGCGUACGGGCGGCUGUUCCUGGCGAACCCGGACCUGCCACGGCGGUUCGAGCUGGACGCGCCGCUCAACAAGUACGACAGGAAGACGUUCUACACGUCGGACCCCGUGAUCGGGUAUACGGACUACCCGUUCCUUGACGAUCUUCCCAAGUGAAGUUGCAAAUGAGUUGUGCUGUUGUCUGGUAUACCGUUUUAUAGGUCUACAUGUUAUAUUAUAAUGAUUUGGCAAGCAACAUCUACAAUAAGUCCAUCGAUUAUGCGUAUGCAUGUGUAAUGUGGCUUGCCAAAAAAAAUAUACCCAUCCGAGUUAUAUCA